AUGGCUUCCAAUAACAACCACCCAGCUCGCCCAGGCUUACCAAUGUCCUAUUCACAGAGCAGUAUGAGCUCCGCCAAUGGCAUGGUAUUUUCGCAGUCGCAAAUGGGCUCCUUCAACGCCUCCCAGUCGGUGUCGUCCACUCCUCGAGCUACGCCUCCUCCGAAAGGGUCGCAACAGUCGAUGUCCUUUGGUUACUCGAACGGCCUCCCGCACGGUCCUCGGUCUAGUUUCGCAGGUUUUGAGGACAUGAAUGGGUAUGGGACGAUGAUGUAUCAUGAAGAAUUCAAACCUCAAAUUUAUAGGGCUGUCUACUCCAAUGUCUCCGUCUACGAAAUGGAAGUGAACGGUGUCGCCGUGAUGAAACGUCGCUCCGAUUCGUGGCUCAAUGCUACGCAGAUUCUCAAAGUUGCCGGUGUGGUCAAGGCGAGGAGGACAAAGACACUGGAAAAGGAGAUUGCAGCGGGCGAGCAUGAAAAGGUUCAAGGAGGGUAUGGUAAAUACCAAGGAACCUGGGUCAACUAUCAGAGGGGCGUGGAGCUUUGCCGGGAAUACCAUGUCGAAGAAUUGUUGCGACCCCUUCUUGAAUAUGACAUGGGCGGUACAAACGGUACAGCGCAAGACUCACUCGACACCCCGACAAAGGAGCAAGCAAUGGCUGCGCAACGGAAACGGCUGUACAGCGGGAUGGACAAUCGCGGCAUGAGCCAACCUCAACAAGGCACAUUCUUCCAGAACAUCUCUCGCACGGCUGCGACUGCAGUGAACGCCAUGAGCAAGGCUCGCUUCGACUCACCUGCGGCUCGCGGAAUUGACCAAAGGCGAUCAAGUGUUAUACGAAAGCCUUCGCACCAGAUGAGCAGCCAGGAUACCCACAUACCUUUGAACAGUCAACAAAGCAUGUAUAGUGUGACAUCUGAUAGCGGUUUCGGAAACAAUUUCCAGAGUAAUGGCCGCUAUGCUAUGCACGAUGGUGCCAGCUUCGACCACGAGGAGCCAAAUGAACCUCCGCGGAAGCGCGUUCGGUCUGCCUCUCACCAGGCGCCGUCGUUCGGGAUGCCCUACGAGCACUCGACGGCUUCCAUGGCUGAACCAACACCAACUGAGCCGAAUGACUCCUUUUACCAAGAUAUGGAUGUCUCAACAUCGAUAGUGGAUGGUAGCAAGCGCGGGUUCGAGCCUUUGCCGCCCGCCACUACCCCAGAGAGGUUUCAGAAGAUGAAGCUCAUCAUGACAUUAUUCCUCGACAAAAAGACGCGCGAUUUUUCCUCCCAUCCGGCUUUGAUGCAAUUGACUGGGGAGGAUCUGGAAAUUCCGUUGGACGAAUAUCGGAACAACGCGCUACACUGGGCGGCGAUGCUCGCUCGGAUGCCUCUUGUCUAUGCACUUGUUGAGAAAGGAGUUAGCAUCUUCCGUUUGAACGGUGCAGGUGAAACGGCACUGCAAAAGUCUGUAGGAACGAGGAACAACCUCGAUUAUAGGAGUUUUCCGCGCUUGCUGCAGGUGCUGGCUCCAACUAUUGAUAUGGUCGAUUACAGUGGGAGAACGAUCCUUCACCACAUCGCCGUUAUGGCUGCCACCGGUGGUGGAGGUCAUGUUUCUGCUAAGCACUACCUGGAAGCCUUGCUGGAAUUCAUAGUUCGUCAUGGCGGCACGUCAUUGAGCCGGCAAACGCCGAAUGGUGCCAUGGAAAACGGGCAAUUAUCACAGGCUGGUGAAGUAAUGACGCUCGGGCGUUUCAUCUCUGAAAUCGUUAACCUCCGAGAUGACCAAGGGGAUACAGCUCUUAACUUGGCUGGGCGCGCACGCUCUGUUCUUGUCCCCCAACUAUUAGAAGUCGGGGCUGAUCCUCACAUACCGAACCACACUGGUCUUCGGCCAGCAGACUACGGUGUUGGUGUAGACAUGGUUGACGGCAACGCACAGUCGCAGCAAGCUGGAAACGGAGGUGACUCCUUCAUGGACCAGCUGGAGAAGACGAAGAAAGAAAUCUUAGAUUCGACUUUAUCUCAAAUCACAUCGAUUGUCCAAGAGACAUUGAGUGGUAUUGACAGAGAUUUGGCCUCCACCCUGGCUAAGAAGCAAGAAAAGUUUGACCACUGGCACUCGAAGAUUCGAGAGUCAGCCAAAGCACGACAGAUCGAGCAAAAACAGCUCGAUGAGCUCAAGUCCAAAUCAUCGGAUCGCAUAGAGCUCAGCAGAAGGUUUAAAAACCUGGAAAAGUCUUCCGACGACCUGCUGGUGGUUCUGAAGGGAAUCCAGGGAGAUUCAUUAGAUUUGUCGAAGAAGUGUGCGAUUGGGGACGCCGACAAAGAACAUGGGCUCGACAUUGCCGAGUUCGAGGCUCUCUUUCCUGAAACAUUCGACCCUGCUUCUGGGUUUUCCGAGCAGCAGAUGGCCUUUCUUCGCUCGCUCCCCACACCCGAGACCCUACAACAAAAAGCGGAGGGUUAUCAAAAGUUUAAUGAGGACAUAUUGAACGAGGUCGAGCGCCUCAAGUCCAAGAACGUGGUUUUGGGCCAGAACUACCGGCGCAUGGUCAUGGCCUGUACAGGAUGGACUGCCGAACAGGUGGACGAAGCUGCUGAGGGGCUGACCCAAUGUGUCAAAGAAUUAAAUGAGAACCCUGUCCCGGAAGAUGAGGCUAUCGAGAUUCUGAUGAAAGAUCGUGGCCAGGACUGGUGAAUUCUGUUGGGCGCGGUAUGAGGGAAUGUUAUGGUACAUAUGCCUGGUUCGAACCCCCUGAUUCGUCGAGGCUUUUGGGAGCGAUACAGCGAUUCUUGUUUAUUGUUGCUACCGGUUGGCUCUUGUAAAUCAAGGAGCAUUGUUUAUACGGCAGGGCUGCGGUGUUUGAGCAUGUUUGCUUGGAUGUUUAACGCGUUGACGUCUGUAUUUGCAGAUACCCCCAGGGCACAUAUAAUGGAUUUUGAACGGCUAGUCGGAUGGCG